UAAAUUUCAAAGCUUUGGGAAUUUUAGUUCUGAUUUGAACUUUGCUUAAAGCGGUUGUGUUUAACGGAAUAUUCAUUUGUACGUCAAAAGACUUUAAAAACGUUUAUAAAGAUAUAAAUUUACAAAUAACAAUCAGUUGAAUCUUGCCAAACAAAAGUCGCUAAAAUAAAAUCAAUAAAUUACAAAAAAAAAAAAAAAACAGAAACGUAAAACUAAAACCUCUAAAGCUUCAAUAGAACAAAAAAAUUGUUUAUAAAAAAAUUCUAAAUAUAAAGAAAAAAAUCCACAAUUUCGUAUUGCUAGAUAACUGGGUGUGAAGAGCUUUAUCUAUUUAUUCAAAUUACACAGUGUCAAACCAUUAUACGUUGAUUAAGUUUUACAACUCCUUUUCCCCUUCUACAGGCCUCAUUUACACACUAUGGUAAAUCAUAAUUGGUUUUUGGCCACUGUGCUACUGUGGCUGCUGCUUUGUUAUCACAACUUGUGUAUAAAUGCUCAGAGUCAAAAUGCAAUUGGAGCUCAUCGAACAUUUCAAAAGACUUCAUUUUCGUGUGCUGGUCGACCAUCUGGCUACUAUGCUGAUAUUGAAACUGGUUGUCAGGUCUACCACAUGUGUGAUGGUCUGGGACGACAAUUUAGCUAUUCAUGUCCGAAUACAACCUUAUUCCAACAGCGCAUGCUAAUAUGUGAUCAUUGGUAUAUGGUGAAUUGUUCCAAAGCUGAAAGUGAUUACACGGCAAAUUUGUUAAUAGGCCAACGUGAUAAACCAUUUGUUAACGAUGAGGAAAAUAGCUUACGUACCCCCCGACCAGAUCUGUUAGAUCGUCCUUAUGCUCCCGACUACUCAGGGGAAUCGUUUAGGAACCAAUAUCAAAAGUCACUUUCAUCAGUGCUAAAUCAAAUCUAUGAUCAUACAGCUCAAAAAAUGAAAGAGAAAACUCUACAAUCGCAACAAAACCAAUUGGGUACCGGACAACAGAGAUGGAAAAUACCACCACCUAGUCGCAUUAUAUUACCACCAGCUUAUGAGCCCCAAAUAUUAGAGGAAAGUAGUGCAAAACCCUCAACCCGCACCUCAUAUUAUACUUCAACUGUAACGACCACAACGCGAAAACCUUCGACCUUGAGACCCACAGCAAUUACUAAAAAUCAAUCCGCGAAAUUUAAUAAUGUUGCUGCUUUACACAAUCGCCACGAUGAACAUUUGCAAUUGGAACACGAUGACUUAGGCACCAGUCACAGUACACGUUAUAACACUUCGGCUGAUUUUAAUUCAGCGGAAGAUCGUUUUGCCAAGACACCACAAAAAGUUACUACACCACGAAAAUCUACCUACAAUAGCAACUUUAACAAUGCCUUUACCACAGCCAAACCAGCCGCCACCACGAGGAAAACUACAUUAAAUCCUAAAAUAAAAGUACCUUCCAAAAUCUACGAACCUCCUUUAUUAUAUCCCAUUUACAAUAUGGAUGAUAACACAGCCACAACUACAAUGAGACCUACCUUUAGAGCAUCAACAGCUUCACCGUUUGUAACACGUGUAUCGGCUACCACAAGUACGACCACUACUAAAGCCCCAACUCGACCAACAACCGUAAUAGGCAAACCAUUUACUCGCUCCUCAUUUAGCACCAGUACAAAAGUGGGCACAAAUUCCAAUAACAUUGAUAGAUUUGAUGUUUCGAAAUUAAGUAAAGAAAUUAGAACACCUGCACCAGCCCAAGGUUUUAAACCACCUACACCUACUCCCCCGGUUAAAAAUUCUAGAACUACACAAAAUUCAACAUACAAUAAACCAGAUCGGGGUAGUAUAAAACAUGAACAGCCCUCAAAACAAUUGUUACCACCUUUAGCAGAUUUUAUAACACAUGAUGUGGCGACCACCCAAGGACCACCUAUAUAUUAUGAAUGGAAAGUUCCCUCUGAUGGUUUAGAGCCACCAAAACUAGACUCUCCCAUAGGAGUAGAUGGCAGAGAAUAUCCCGAAACCGUAAUUGAUUACAAUUCUAUAAGUACAAAUAAUGGCUUCAGCUCAAUCUCCUCCUUUGGCAUAGAUCAAAAUAAAAGCAAUAAUACGAGCAGUAGAAAAUCCGAAAAUAAAACAACUAUAACCUCACGUUCCCCCAUUUCCAGAUCAAUUAAAGAAACGGGACAGCCUAAAGGUGUAAAUGAAACUAAAACAAAAACCUCUACCACAAGCACGACCAGAGCGUCUACCAGUACACAAAGAUCUAGUAAUCCAGGGGAUAUAUUCCAAAUACGUAAAGAACUUUCAGUACCCGAAUAUGCUUUUCCUCUGGAAAAUGUUGGGCGUACGGGCUAUUUAGAUACCGAUGUUUAUAACUCAUUUCAAUUGAAAAUACCCGAAAGACGUGCCGAUACAGAUGAACAUAUACAUUGGUAUGGUGAAAAUCCUAAGUGUCCUGAAUGUCAUCCGUCCUAUGUUAGACCGGGUACCUGUGAACCCUGCAUACGAAGAUAGGACGCAAGCUAGCAGCAGUUUAUUGCAAAAAAAAAACAAGUAUUUUGAUUCAUUUUACAAUUUAGUUUUUAAAAAAUAAAUCAUAAAAAAACUUCUUCAUUCUUCAAUUGACAUUCAUUAAAUAGAUGGAAAUAAUUAGAGGCAUUCGAAAUUUCUUCACUUUGCAAUUAAUAUGUUUCAUUGUAAUUUAUAAGUUAUUGUUUACCAUAUUAGAGUAAUAUGUCUUCAAGAAUUUCCUAUUGUAUACAAUUUAGAUAACAUAAAUACUACAUUAUACUUAAUACAUUAAUGCAAAUAAUGUCAACGAGAAAUGUU